CCGACGACGACCACGACGCUGUUAUCAAAGCCUCUCUUGAGGGACCAUGAAUUUCUCUAGGGUGUGCCGACGUGCGUCUCGCCGUCUGAUCCAAAGCAGUGUCCUAUCCAGAGCCGGUCAACGGAGGCAUGCGUCGUUCUACAAUGCAGACAUUGCAGGACUAACGGAAGACCAGACGGAGUUCAGAAAUGCAGUCUCUGAGUUCGCUCAGAAGGAGAUUGCCCCUCGAGCUGCUGAGAUCGACCGAAGCAAUAACUUCCCUUCAGACCUAUGGGAGAAGAUGGGCAGCAUGGGUCUCUUGGGCAUCACCGUCUCGCCAGAUUACGGUGGUCUCGCUCUCGGCUACUUUAACCACACACUAGCCAUGGAGGAGCUUUCCAGGGCGUCGGGGUCAGUAGCCCUCUCGUACGGCGCACACUCCAAUCUCUGCGUGAACCAGAUACACCGGUGGGGGACGGACAAGCAGAAGGAGAAGUACCUCCCGGAUCUGGUGGCCGGGAAGAAAGUAGGGGCCCUGGCUAUGAGUGAGCCGGGGAGCGGAAGUGACGUUGUCAGUAUGCGACUGCGAGCUGAUAAGAUCGACGGUGGAUACCGAUUGAAUGGCAAUAAGUUUUGGAUCACAAAUGGACCCACUGCAUCGACACUCGUGGUCUACGCUAAGACGUCGCCUGAGAAGGGUUCGAAAGGUAUCACCGCUUUUAUCAUAGAAAAAGGUUUCCCCGGGUUCAGCACGGCCCAGAAGCUGGACAAGGUAGGCAUGCGCGGUAGCGAUACCUGCGAGCUCGUAUUCGAGAACUGCGAAGUUCCUGAAGAAAACGUGCUAGGACAAGUAGACAGGGGCGCCGCUGUUCUGAUGUCCGGCCUUGACCUGGAGCGCUUAGUGCUGAGCGGAGGUCCUCUCGGACUCAUGCAAGCCGCCUUCGACUAUGCCGUGGAGUAUAUCCAUGAGAGGAAGCAGUUCGGUCAACCAGUCGGGACAUUCCAACUAAUGCAAGGAAAGAUCGCAGACAUGUACACCAAGCUCAAUGCAAGCCGGUCAUACGUCUACGCCGUAGCACGAGCCUGCGACCAGGGUAAAGUCAGCCGGCGGGACUGCGCGGGAGCGAUCCUGUACUCUACCGAGAAAGCGAUCGAAGUCGCUUUGGAAGCUAUGCAAUGCCUCGGUGGGAACGGCUACAUCAACGAAUACCCGACCGGUCGUAUAUUGCGUGAUUCCCGACUGUAUGCUGUCGGGGCUGGGACACAGGAGAUUCGGAGAAUGCUGAUUGGACGGGAGUUUAACGAGCAGCUCAAAUCCUAGUUCUAUUCAUACGGGUUAUCACGGACAAGCAAUGGACAAGCUAGUGCUGUAUCGUACAGUCCAUAAAUUUUUGUCGCCGAUACGAAGGCGGAUAUCUACUACACCAUCUACACACUACCGAAUGCUAUUCGUGUUUAGGCUUCGGAGCUCUGACGGUUUUCCAGGGG